AUGGCGGCGGUAAGGGUGACCGCGCCGGCGUCUUAUCACCAACCCUCCCGCAAAGGCAAGAAGGCGUGGCGGAAGAAUGUGGACAUCACCGAAGUGCAAUCCGGGCUGGAGAACGUGCGGGAGGAGAUAAUCAGAGGAGGGGUGGUGGCGGAGAAAGAGGCCGACCAACUCUUCGCUACGGACUUGGUCGGCGAUGCGGAGAUUGAGAAGAAGCAGAAGCCGCGGAAGUUGCUGAAAAGCGAGCAAAUCCUCGGGCAACGAAGCGCAGUUCCUGGGCUGGAGGGGCGGAAGAGGAAGGCCAACGAUCCCCCCCUCGCCCCGUCUGAAGGGAGGAAGAAGUACAAGAGCGGCGGCUACGUCUCGCACAAAGACCUCCAGCGUCUCCGCAGCGUAGCAGACAAUGCCGCAGGCGGUGUCACCAUCGAAGAACCAUCCACCUUCCACGACCCAUGGGCGGAGACGACCGAAGUCACCCAAGACCCAACACUCACCUACCUCGACCCCCCCAUCCCGACCCGCGAACCACGCACCCUCAAACACGCCCCCCUCCCCCUCUCCGCAACCGGCAAACCCUACCCCUCCGUCCCCAAACCCGCAGCCGGGAAAUCCUACAACCCCCUCGUGACCGACUGGUCCGCCCUCCUCACACACCAAGGCGAGCUAGCCGUCGACGCAGAAAAACGCCGCCUUGCGCUCGAAGCGGCAGAAGCGGAACAAACUGCUCGCGCGCAGGCGGAGGCGGAAAAGGUGGAUGCGCAAGACCGAGAUGAUGCGUACGGGACGGAUUAUGAGAGUGCGUGGGAGAGCGAGUGGGAUGGUAUUCAAUCUGGUGGUGAGGGUGAGGAUGGGGAGGUGCAUCAUGUGGCUAAGCAGCCGCGACGCAAAACCCCCGCGGAGCGGAACAAAGUGAAGGCGAGGAAAGAGCGGGAGGCGAGGGAGAAGUGGGAGCGGAAGCAGAGGGAACGUGAUGAGCAAGAAAAGAGGAUUGCGGUGAUCGCCAAGGAGAUGGCUGCCCGUGAUCGAGCGAAGAAGACGUCACGUCCUGCUCUAACUGCCGCGGACUCAUCCGCCUCAGUCUCAGACAACGGAGACAGGGAAGAAGAGGAAGUGAUGUUCCAACGCCGUCGCUUCGGCCAAAACCCCCUCCCCGACGCCCCACUCGAGGUCGUGCUACCGGAUGAACUGCAAGAUUCACUCCUACGCCUCAAACCCGAGGGGAAUCUGUUGACGGACCGCUAUCGCAAUUUGCUGGUCAAUGGCAAAGUGGAGGUGCGGAAGAAGGUGUGGCAGCGGCGGCAGCGGAGGACGGAGCGGACGGAGAAGUGGAGUUAUAAGGAUUGGAAGUUGAGGUAG